UUAGCUCAAAUGUUUAAAAAUGAAAGGAAAUAUUAGAUCAAUGGUGAUGUGAUAAGAGCUUGAUAACUAAACCUAAACCUGUGACCUAAACACAUGAAUAGUGUGAAAUCUAUUGAAUUGAUACUAUCGUUUAUUUCAAAUAUUCACCUGUCUCUAUGUGUGAGUGCGGGUAAUUUGCUUAAGACUAAUCCCGUAGUAUUCCGCCACUGCUAACCGCGCAUCAAUUGUAGCCAAUUUUACUGAUCAACGUUGAUGCGUCUUAACGCGCGUUCCGCUCGUUCGUCUCCCGCUCACCAAACAAAGUCGCCAAAACUCACCACCCCACCCUAUACAAACGUAGCGCGCAAACGCACACCACACCAACGGCAAACGGCAGCGACAGGUUGAUCUCGCGUACCAAACAAACAACGCUCCCGGUCCAGUCCGAGUCAGUCUUAUUCCGGCCCGAACACACGUUGCAUCGUGUGCAUUGCGAAAACACGCCAGUAACUGACCAGUACAGCACAUACACAGAUAGCGACUUGAGAGGGUGGAUUAAUAUGGUUGCGGCACCAUUUUACCCUCCUACUACACCCUUCUCCAUGGAUUUUGUCGCGUGUAUUGUGAACGUGUGUGCGAACGUAUCAUAAAACAGUGUCAUCGUGAGCUUUAGGCCGCUGCGAAUCGCUAAUUGAAUUUAAAUCCACUCCCACAAGUGUCCUCGUGUCCAAAAACGCGCGACCCAAAAGAGAAAGUCUGGCGCAAUGGCUAAUCCGUGAUUUCGUGGUUCUCCGCACAGCCGCCUAGCGCCGACGUACGGUAUAGCACGUGUUUUGCGUCCGUUUAAGUGCUUCCGGGAUUAGAGUUCGAUACCGCACUGGUCACAUUUCCAAACAGUCAUUCCACCAGUCCGUCAGAUAUUCGGUGGUUUCGCGCAAAUGCUACCCAGUUUCGUUCGUGCUAUAGUUACAAAGUGUUUGGCUGCUGCUUACCUCCGGAAACCAUGCUAAAGUGUGAUCCGAUCCGUGUCAGUUACAUCGCAUUACCGUAAAACAAAAAAAAAAACAACAUACCGGGGCCAUGAAACUGUUGCUCAAAAUUCACAACAAAGAUCGUCACUCGACGACCACGGCGGCGGUCAAUCUGUUCCAGCGGAAGCGUAAAUAUCAUCACCGUAGACACUCGAAAUCAUCUUCCCCGGUGCCCUCCGGGGCCGCCUCCCUGCCUGCCUCCCAGCAGUCUGGCCCUUCCGCAUCUUCCACCCCGCCGCACGUAUCCUCAUCCUCGCUGACGUCAGCCGCGUCCGGUGCUGCCGUGCCGUGCGGUACGUUUGACGCGGAUCGGACCACUUCCGGUGCUGCGUCACUGGCCGCACUCGUGUACGGUGGACCCGGAAACUGCACGGAACCGAUUUCCUGCCCCAUCGAAAGACGUCCGCUACUGCGGAAUUCCCCAUCACAAUCAUCGGCACGCAGUUUUGCUAGCUCUUCCCGACCCGGCCGCAACAAUCACAACCGCGGGCUACCUUCAGUGGAACCAUCGACCCUGCGGCAGGAGCGCUACUUCAUUUACGGAGCGCUGAUAUUUUUCGCGAUCGUCGGAUUCUCAACCGCCAUCUACUUCAUCGUGAACCAGGUGCGCGGUCCAGCUGACAUUGACCGGGAGAUACUGUUCGACACCAACUAUCACCGGCGGACGAUGCCCAAUCUCGGCAACAGCCACAUGAUCAUCGAACGGCGUAACUGGGGUUCGCAGGUAGAUGCGCACGCAUCGAUCCAAUUGGAGCAUCCGGUUCAGUACGUGAUCGUUACGCACAUCGGCCUGCGCUCCAAAAAUUGCACCGGCAUGCACGAAUGUGCGAACAGGAUGCGCAUGCUACAGGAUGCAGCCAUCGGUGAGCGGAAUCUGCCCGACAUUCCAAGCAACUUUUAUCUUGGUGGAGAUGGCAACGUGUACGUGGGCCGUGGUUGGGAUAUUGCAAAUUCGUAUCACAAUCGAACACUGUCCGUUUGCUUCAUAGGAGACUACCAAACCUACGAACCGAAAGAAUCUCAAUUCUCCGCCUUGCACCAUCUCCUGACGUACGGUGUGAUACAGCGAAAGCUUGCCAACGACUAUAAGCUUGUGGCACGAAGACAGACCAAACCUACUACAGCCAGCCCUGGAGACAUGCUGUACGCCAGACUCGUUAGACUAUCCCGGUGGAAUCCUUGUGGAACGCAAGCAUACGCACACUGUGGGGCAGAAUUGGGCUUUCCGAGCGUGUGGGACGAUGAGCACGAUUUCAAUGAGCAUGGAUACAACAAUCAGAACCAGUUGAUGGGACCAAAUGCUUCGCCGGACAUAAAAAUCGAACGCCUUAUCGUGUACAGCAUAAUUACACUCUUCAUAAUCAUUGGUUUGGUGCUAUUGUUUUACAUUAUCUACAUGAUGUUCCCCUCCGGCGACAAUAUCAUUCCGAAGGAGCUAUUUUUUGAGGACAACUCUGCUUCUAAAUCAAUUCCCAAUCUCGGCAACGGGCACAUGGUAAUCGAUCGCCACAACUGGGGUGCACAGCAGGGUGUACAUGGACCGUACAAGCUGCCACAUCCCAUUCCGUACGUGCUGAUAACGCACAUAGGCGUCCACUCGGAAAUCUGCUCCGAUGUGCACGUUUGCUCCAUCAAGAUGCGCACGCUGCAAGAUGCAGCAAUUGCCGAGAAAAGUCUGCAAGACAUACCGAGCAAUUUUUAUGUCGGUGGUGACGGAAACGUUUACGUUGGUCGUGGAUGGGAUACGGCCAAUGCGUACGCUAACAUGUCACUGGCCGUGUGCUUCAUGGGCGAUUACGGGCGGUAUGAACCGAACGAUCUUCAGCUUUCAGCACUGGACCAUCUGUUGACGUUCGGGGAGAAACACCACCUUUUAACGGAAGACUACAAAAUCGUCGCACAUCGACAGGCACGAACUACACGCAGUCCUGGGAUAAAACUGUACGAGAAAAUAACGAAACUCACGCGAUGGUACCCGUGCGGACUACCAGGUUACGUAAAGUGUGGCGUCGAAAUAGGCCUACCAACAGUCUGGGAUCAAGAAUAUCCAAAAUCGAUCCCUACAACAGUUCCGACUGUUAGUGAUAAUAGUACUCAAACCAAUUAAAAGCAUUACAAACGAAUUUAAAGUAAUUUUGCCAGAUACUCAGGAAAUAUCGUUGUCUAAAAUUCAAUUAUUAUAUUUUAUUGUAGUUAAACGCAUUUUGGUCUUAAGUUAUCGACAAACUUUUGAUCAUUUUUUAAUAUAUGUUUUCGUUAGCAUAGGUUUUUUUUCUUUGAACGCAUUAAACUUUCUGACUUGGUAUACCACCAACCGCCAAUGGACUUUUGCUAUGACUUGAUUUGUUUAAACCUUGAUAGCAGGAUAGUUCGGGGGCAUUGCGUAUGGUCGGUAUCAUGAGGUCCGUUUAGAAUUCUUCUGUAGCUUUCCGCAGUCGUAGAUUCAUGGGACUGGGUGACUGGCCCCGCGCCCACGUGACCGUUUUGUUUAGCGUCGGGUUGCCCC